AUGGCGCGAGCCGCCAGCGACCGGCGCCAUGAAUGUAACGUGGGGCAGGGCUAUGGUUUCCAGCAUCGCCUGGUGAAAUGUGUUGAUGUUAUUCAAGCUUACAUCCAGAGGAUCAAGGAAGUCAACCCUUUUAUCAAUGCAGUUGUCAAGGACAGAUUUGAGGAAGCCCUACAGGAGGCCCAGCAGGUUGACAGACUGCUCUCAGAGGGUGUUGGAGAUGAAGACUUCCUGCAGGAAAAAUUUCCCUUCCUGGGAGUUCCUUUCACCGUCAAGGAGGCCUUCGCAUUGCACGGGAUGCCAAAUACUUCUGGCCUGGUUAGUCGUCGCAACUUGAUCUGCACAUCAGAUGCAAUAGUGGUGUCCCGGUUAAAGCAAGCUGGUGCAAUCCCGCUGGGGGUGACCAACUGCAGUGAGCUGUGCAUGUGGUAUGAGUCUAGCAACAAAGUCUACGGCAGAACUAACAAUCCAUAUGACUUGCAAAGGAUUGUGGGUGGUAGUUCAGGUGGUGAAGGCUGUGUCCUGGCAGCUGCCUGCUCUGUAAUUGGUGUGGGCUCAGAUAUUGGUGGUAGCAUUCGGAUGCCUGCCUUCUUUAAUGGAGUCUUUGGACAUAAACCCACCACAGGGGUUGUCCCCAAUGAUGGUCAGUUCCCCAAUGCCCGAGGGGUGCGGAUUGACUUCUUGUGCACAGGUCCCAUGUGUCGCUAUGCUGAGGACCUAGAGCCUAUGUUGAGGGUCAUGGCUGGGCCUGGAGUUGAAAAGCUGAAGCUGGAUGAAAAGGUGGCUCUGGAGAAAAUAAAGUUCUACUGCAUGGAACAUGAUGGAGGAUCAGUUUUUGUGUCCCCUGUAGACAAGGAAAUUCUUCAGGCCCAGAGAAAGGUAGUGGAAUACCUGGAGGCUCAGCUGGGAGUCCAAGUUCAACACGUGUCAAUCCGCCGCAUGAAAUAUUCUUUCCAGAUCUGGUCUGCUAUGAUGUCUUCCAAGGGCAGUGAUGGUCAGGAAGCACAGCUGUUCAUAGACCUUCUUGGGGAUCAUGGGAAACCUGUAUGGCCAUCAUGGGAGCUACUGAAAUGGUUCCUGGGGAUGUCAUCACACACACUCCCUGCGAUUGCCCUGGGAUUGACUGAGAAGUUGAUGAAACUCAGCCCUGCUGCAAUGGCCAAGCUGGUGAACAUGGGACAGAGCCUCCGGACUGAGAUGGAGGACUUACUAGGAGCCAAUGGGUUGCUAUUGUACCCUUCACAUCCUAUAGUGGCUCCCAAGCAUCAUUUCCCCUUGGGGAUGCCCUUCAACUUUGCCUACACAGCUAUUUUCAAUGUCUUGGGCUUGCCUGUGACCCAGUGCCCCCUGGGCUUGAGCACUGAGGGUCUUCCCCUGGGAAUCCAGGUGGUGGCUGGACCCUUCAAUGACCAUCUAACACUGGCUCUGGCUCAAUACUUGGAGAAGGCUUUUGGUGGUUGGGUUUGCCCUGGAAAAACAUAAUGCUGCAUUCGUAAGAUCCCAAGAUGGCAGGAAGAUGAAGAUAAUCUGAUUCACAAAAGCUGACAAUAGGUAUUAGUGCCUAUUGAGAUCAGGACAGGAGCAACUCUCUUCUGCAUAGCCCAAACACCUUCCCAGCGUAGCUUGGGCAGGGCAAGCCAGCCAGGCCUCAAGUUUUCAUUCCCAUGAAUCAGUGGCAAGAUGCUACAGUUGAAGCUGUACGCUUAUGAUCUCAUGUUUCCAACUGGAACUUUCUCUUCUCCCUGCAUCCCAUGACAUGAGAGUGGGAGAGAAAAGCCCCUUCCACUUUUCUUUCAUUAGAAACCCCAUAACUCCCAUGAAUUCUGAACAGAACACUUAGCACCUUGUUGGGGGAGGAGAUCACAUUUCUCUAGUCUGGGUGGGGCACUGAGACCACUACUUUCAAUAAAUUUCUUUUUCUGUAACAGUCGCUGCUUUAGAGAAAAAGAAAAGUGAUAGAGGGCAGGCAGGGGGAUAGGCAUGAAAGGAUUAUUUCUGGGAGUUUUGAGCACUACUGUCCCUGGAAGUUAUUCUCUAAGCAUAUAAAUGCCAUGUUUAUAGAGGUGGACUCCUGUCUCCUAGAACAUCUUAGCCCUAUGUCACAGGCCAGCUGGGCACUGUGAGUGUAUCAAUUUUAUCACAGGCCAACUGGGCUGUUUGAUUCAGUUUCGGAUCGAGGAGGCAAAGUUGGGAGUGGAAUAAAGGCAAAUUUAUUAUAGC